AUGGCUUUUGGCUCCUGGCAGAUGUGGUCACCGGUGGAGUGGGCCCGGUGGGUGUGGACAGCCGUGCUCAGCAGCGGCGACUCCAGCCUCCUCGCCCUUCCAGACAGCAGCACGGGAAAGAGGAGUUCUGAUUCUGAAGAAGCAUUCGAGACCCCGGAGUCGACCACCCCUGUCAAAGCUCCCCCAGCCCCUCCUCCUCCACCCCCUGAAGUUGACCCAGAGCCAGAGGUCAGCAUCCAGCCGCCCCCGGAGGAACCAGGAUGUGGCUCUGAGACGGUCCCUGUCCCCGAUGGCCCCCGCAGUGACCUGGUGGAGGGCCACCCCUUCCGGCCCCCGUCACACUCAUUCUCCGCCGUCUUUGAUGAGGACAAGCCCAUCGCCAGCAGCGGCACGUACAACCUAGACUUUGACAGCAUCGAGCUGGUGGAUGACCUGCAGUCGCUGGAACCUCGCUGCUCGGACGCGAAGGACCAGGAGUGUAAAGUGAGCGCGCGCAGGAAGUCCACGGACUCCGUCCCCGUCUCCAAGUCCACGCUGUCCCGCUCGAUCAGCCUGCAAGCUGGCGAGCUGGACGGGGCUUCCUGCACGGGUGGUCCCGAGGCCACGGCCCUCGCCCCCGACGCGCCCUCCGCCGGCACCAGCAGUGCCUCCAGCACCCUCAAGCGAACUAAAAAACCCAGGGCGCCUUCCCUAAAGAAGAAGCAGAGCACGAAGAAGCCCCCCGAGACUCCCCCAGUGAGGGAGACACCACAGGAACCAGCCGAAGAGAGCCCCCCGCCCAGGGACGAGGCCCCAGCACCCGAGACAGACACGGAGCCAGCCAAGGCGGAAAGUUCUGGAACAGCCUUAUCAGAGGAGACACCCUUGGAACCCACCGCUGUGCCCAAAGCUGCCUGCCCACUGGACUCGGAAAGUGCAGAGGGAAGCAUCCCCCAAGCUCCGGGAGGUGGGGGAGUCCAGAACUCACCCCCCGUUGGAAGGAAAACGUUGCUUCCUGCCACGGCCCCAGAGGUGGGGGCUCCACCUUCAGACAGUGGGGGGCAGGAGGGCUCCCCAGCCAAAGGGCUCUCGGUGAGACUGGAGUUUGACUAUUCUGAGGACAAGGGCAGCUGGGACCACGAGCAGGACACGCCCCCGCCCACCAAAAAGACGGGCAAAAAGCCAGUUGCCAAAAUGCCCCUCAGGAGGCCAAAGAUGAAAAAAACGCCCGAGAAAGCUGACAAUCCCCCUGCCUCACCCACCAGGUCCCCCGCCGAGCCCAGUGACAUCCCCAUUGCCAAAGGUACCUACACCUUUGAUAUUGACAAGUGGGAUGACCCCAAUUUUAACCCAUUUUCUUCCACCUCAAAAAUGCAGGAGUCUCCCACACUGCCCCAACAGUCCUACAGCUUUGACCCAGACGCCUGUGAGGAGUCCGUUGACCCCUUUAAGACAUCCUCUAAGGUCCCUAGUUCGCCAUCCAAGUCCCCAGCCUCCUUUGAGAUCCCAGCCAGUGCCAUGGACGCCAGUGGAGCGGAUGGGGAUGGGCCCAACAAGCCCGCCAAGAAGAAGAAGGCACCCCUCAAGACUGACACAUUUAGGGUGAAAAAGUCGCCAAAACGGUCUCCUCUGUCUGAUCCGCCUUCUCAGGACCCAACUCCCGCAGCGACACCGGAAAGCCCACCGGUCAUCUCGGCAGUGGUCCAUGCCACCGAUGAGGAAAAGCUGGCAGUCACCAGCCAGAAGUGGGCGUGCAUGACCGUGGACCUGGAGACCGACAAGCAGGACUACCCGCAGCCCUCAGACCUGUCCACCUUCGUCAGCGAGACCAAGUUCAGUUCACCCACGGAGGACUUGGAUUACAGAAACGCCUAUGAAAUCGAAUAUAUGGAGAAAAUUGGCUCCUCCUUACCUCAUGAUGACGACGCUCCGAAGAAGCAGGGUUUGUACCUGAUGUUUGACGCUUCUCAGGAGAGCCCGGUCAAGUCCCCUCCCGUCCGGAUGUCCGAGUCCCCAACGCCGUGUUCUGGGUCAAGUUUUGAGGAGACAGAAGCUCUUGUGAAUGCUGGGGCCACAAUCCAGCACCCUGUCUCACGAGGGCUGGCCCCCAACCACGAGCCACACUUGCAGGUGCCGGAGAAUUCCAGUCCCAAAGAGCUGGAGGCCAUGGCCUUGGGGACCACGUCAGACCCGAUAGAAAUUGCAGCUCCGGGGGGCUCCUUUGUCUCUGCGGACGCCCUCCUCGGCACGCUGGCUCACCCAGUCUCUCUCUGUGGUGCCCUUCACUCCUUGGAGCCUGACUUAGCAGAAAAGAAUCCCCCCGUAUUUGCUCAAAAACUUCAGGAGGAGUUAGAGUUUGCCAUCAUGAGGAUAGAAGCCCUGGAGCUGGCCAGGCAGAUCGCCCUGGUCUCCCGCAGCCGCCAGGACGCCAAGAGAGAAGCUGCUCACUCCGCGGAUGUCUCCAUCUCCAGAACAGCCUUGUACUCCCGCAUCGGGACCACGGAGGCAGACAAAGGCCCGAGCGUCCUGUUCCAGUCCCCGGACUUGGACUCCGCGCUGCAGAUUGCCAGGGCCGAGAUCAUAACCAAGGAGAGAGAGGUCGCAGAGUGGAAGGACAAAUACGAAGAGAGCAGGAGGGAGGUGAUGGAAAUGAGGAAAAUAGUAGCAGAGUACGAGAAGACCAUCGCUCAGAUGAUAGAGGACGAGCAGCGGGAGAAGUCUGUGUCCCACCACACAGUCCAGCAGCUGGUCCUGGAGAAGGAGCAGGCCCUGGCUGACCUGAACUCCGUCGAGAAAUCGCUGGCUGACCUUUUCAGGAGAUAUGAGAAGAUGAAAGAGGUCCUGGAGGGCUUCCGGAAGAAUGAAGAGGUGCUGAAGAAGUGUGCCCAGGAGUACCUGUCACGAGUAAAGAAGGAGGAGCAGAGGUACCAGGCCCUGAAGGUGCACGCGGAGGAGAAGCUGGACAGGGCCAAUGCCGAGAUCGCCCAGGUCCGAGGCAAGGCGCAGCAGGAACAGGCCGCCUACCAGGCCAGCCUGCGAAAGGAGCAGCUGCGAGUGGACGCGCUGGAGAGGACGCUGGAGCAGAAGAACAAAGAGAUAGAAGAACUCACCAAGAUCUGUGACGAGCUGAUCGCCAAGAUGGGGAAGAGCUAA